UGAGCGCCUGCUGGUGAGCCGUCCUCUUCGACUGCUGUUCAUUUACACACGAAGCUCUUCGCAUUCAAUGUUUUUUUCUUAAUACUAGUUUAAAUAUAUUUGGUCGUUAUUUGUGUGUAUUACUGUGGAACGAUAUGUUGGAGAACGGCAGAAAGGUGUUAAAAGAAGGUCUUCUGGAGAAACGCAGCGACGGUCUGCUCCAGCUGUGGAAGAAGAAACACUGUGUGUUGACUGAAGAUGGAAUGCUGCUUAACCCACCGAAACAGCACGACCACCCGCAUCACCAACACCACUAUCACCACACGGUUAAAGUGAAGGAGCUACACUUUGCCAACAUGAAGACCGUGGACUGCGUCGAGAGAAAGGGAAAGUACAUCUACUUCACAGUUGUUAUGUCGGAAGGCAAGGAGAUCGAUUUUAGGUGUCCACAGGACGAAGGCUGGAAUGCUGAGAUAACUUUGCAGAUGGUACAAUACAAAAACCGACAGGCUAUUCUCGCGGUGAAAUCCACGAGACAGAAACAACAGCUGCUUGUGGUUCAGCUCCCUGGUCAAAAAAUGCUGAGAAACUCGCAUAACGCUGCAUGAGCGACCCAUAGAACAUAGCGGUUAAAUGGACACGCACUGACUCGUUGCAGACUCUCCCAGGCUCCUGAGUUCCACACACUGUUCUACAGACACCUCUGCAUCGGCAUAUUUCCCUGGACCAGAGAUCUCUAAUCUAGAACAUCACACCAGACAGAGAUGUUCUCAAUAUGAGAGCAGGUUCCAUGAUGUCCUGCUUCCAGCUUUUUUUUAAUUAUUAUUUAUUUACUUAUUUAUUUAUUUAUUUGUUUGUAGAUUUUGUCAGAUGAUUUUACAUUUUUGAAUGUUCUGAUAAAUCAGGCUAUGAAGGCUUGCAUACAGUUGCUGAAUUAUCCUGAAAUUAUGUAAACUGCUUAUAUCCUUCCAUACUUUCCAUCCUUCCAUACACUUAAACAUUUAAGAUCAUCAAACAAAUUUAAAUAUUAGACAAAGAUAACGCAGUUUU